AUGGCCACGCUUGUUACUGCGAGCUUGCCAGUCCCGAGCGCCGUCAUGGACUUAACCAUGGCAACGACAGACACCGAUAGCCAGCCCAGCCAACAUGAUGGCGGGUCAAACAACGAGGCUACAGUCGCCAAUUCUGAUGAUACCUCCACACAGGGCAAUGACAGCGAGAAUGGCAAGCUUGACGGCAGCUCUCCAUUGACCGAUGCCUCGUCCUCUGGAAGUACCAUUUCGAAGGAGGAUAGGACGGUUGGAGUAGACGAUCUAGCCGAGGACGCUAUUGAGGAAACAGAGGAUGUCCCGGAUUGGCAUGAUGAUAGACACUACCUAUACGAACGAUACAUGGAGACAGUAACGCAACUGUCUAAGGGCGAUCCUGGUCAGAAUCUAGUCAGUGGCGUCAUGGACUACAUGCGUGUGGUCGAUCAACGUCUUCGGCUUAUCGAGGAGAAAUUGCAAAGCAACAUCCCCGACGAGCCAACGCCAGAGGAAGAACCUGCUGUUGACGGCGAUGAUAUUCUUUCCGAAGCGAACACAGCGGACAUUGACAUCAACAACGUCCUACUGGAGGCAAAUCUCUUCGAGGCAGAAGAGGGUGACUUCAAUCCUGACGGCUUCUUUUUAGACAAGACACAGUGGUCCGGGGCAUUUGCAUCAACAAUCGGCCCUUCUGAGAUUCUGAGAGCCAUGUACAGCAAGGCUUCUGACGCGGCUGUCGACAGAACCAACCAAGAUGCUUCUGAGAUUGACAUCAUCUAUAUCAGCAUCUGGUCAGACCCUAUUGCAUCCUUCUUCAGGGACGUCCUCCUCCUUGAUUGCGGCUCAGGGAAUUCCAUUCAACUCACGAAGCCAUUUCGACCGCUGAUCAGCAAUAUCAACUCUCUUAGAGAGCAUCUCAGCAAGCUAGAAAGUGCUUAUGGCACUGGGAACAUUGAUUAUUUAGUGGCCAGCGCACAAACAUCAACGGAAUUGCCCUCAGACACUGAUUGCGCGAUUUCUGUUGAUUCAACAGGGCCUGUGGAGUCAGACUCGUCGCAUACUGAUGCAACCAAUGCCGAGCAACUCGGAAAGACCUACAUUCGACCAUCGGCGCUCCCACACUUCAGGGUCGUUCUCCAAUUUGUUGAUCGUUAUCUGAGCAGCUCCCUGGAGCUGUAUGAAAGACUAAAGUCUGGUCAAGAGGAUAAGGUAGCCUUUGAAAACCUUUGGAUGCUCUAUGACGCGGGGGCUCUUAUUUAUUGCCCCUAUCGAAGCAGCGAUGGAUCGUUCACCACUUUUGACAACCUUAGUGAGCGAAGUGGUGCUGCUAGUUACGUGGAAGGCGAGCUCACAGAGUUGCGUCCGAGGUACUCCCCACAGGCAUACUGUGUGCUCUCUGUGAGGGGUGGUAUUCCGUUGAGAAAGGAUCUUGUACCAGGCUACGACGACGAAGAUGAUCUUGACAACGACCUUUUUCACGGCUUCGAUACCCUCCGACUAGGAAAGCUACGCCUCUUCCGACACGGGGAGUUUGGAACGUUUCGUAAGGAUCCACAUGCACAACAACUCACAGCACGACAAGAUCUUGGGGGUGUCUCCAAGAAGCGAAGGUCGCAAACAACUUCCUCGCUGAUUAUAGCUUGCUUCUGUAUUGACUACGACGGCGAUCAAUUUGGUGCACAGCGAGAAUUCUUCGAAAUCAAGCCUUAUGAUGGUCUCAAGGAUAUUCGGGGUAUUGAGGUUUAUCCAGCUCACUACAUAGGCGAGAGAGAAAGCGACCGUUUGCUGGCGAGAGGCAGGAAGUUUCUUGACCUUAUGGAAAGUUCCCAUAUGGCUUACGAGGGGACAACUGCUGGUCAUUUGCGAGAAACAAUCAAUAGCGAGGUCAUUGUGGACUUCAAGAUGGCGUACGAGCAAGACCAGAACUUAGCGGACGAAUCAUACACCAGACCAAUCUUUUCGACUGGAAACAAAAAUGACUGGCCGAGAUCCAGUGUCAAAGGAGGAGGCGAAACUCAUGACUGGCACGACAUCGACGGCACUGUAGGCCACGCGUGUGCGUGGAGGUCGUCCCAAAACGCCACAUAUUACAGGCAUCAAGACGCGCAGAGUUCGAAGGUCUUGCGAAAGCUCACUUUUAUAUUUGAGAGUCACACCAAGCCGGAAAUGCAGAACAAACAGGCUCGGCGGGAACUCAGAUCCUACCUUGAGGAGAAUAAUCUCAUUAACCUGUUCCCAGGAGUUGUUCCAGGAUACGCGUUGCGCAGUCGUAAAUGGGUGCUUCUGGACUUAGAUGUGCUUCAAUACGUCCAACAUAGCGAUGAUUGGGGAAAUCUAGUUCUCCCGAGAGGCCACAGAGACAUGGUUCAGGCUAUGGUUGAAUCUUACACUAGGCGCCCGGAUGACUCUUUUCUUUCACAUGACCAGGCCACUGAGAGAAUCGACAUGGAUCUUGUUAGGGGAAAGGGCAAUUUCGCAGGAAAGGGCUGCAUUAUCCUCCUUCACGGUGCGCCAGGAGUCGGAAAAACUUCGACCGCCGUUUUCCUCCGAAUCCUGGAGUACUACCCAGGCAUCUUGUUUCUUACCACUAAUAGGGUUGGCGCAAUCGAUGAUGCAUUCCGUUCAAGACUUCAUCUUACGUUGUAUUAUCCCAAACUCGUGGAGAAGCAAAGCACCAAAAUCUGGAAGAACAACAUUAGGAAACUGGAGCAAGUCAACGAGCUGCGGGUCAAAAAAGGACAACAGCCGAUCAAAUACGACAAGGAAGAGAUCGUCAAGUGGGCCAAGGUCAACUGGGAGAGUCUUCAGUGGAAUGGCCGUCAGAUCCGCAACGCAUUCCAAACUGCCAUCGCAUUGGCAGAGUUCAAAGCCCAGUCGAAAGAUAAGGCGCGACGAACCGGCAAGGAUUUGUCUUCGCCUACUCCUAGAAGCCCAAAACGACCUGUCCUAAGCCAAGACACCUUCAUGCUCAUUGCAGAGGCUUCGACUCAGUUCAACGACUACCUUUUGCAGACACACGGCCAAGAUGAAGACACGACGGCGUCGAGAGACCAAAUUCGACCAGCCACUUUCAAAGAAAACAAGACUCGAAUCAAGAGAGUGCAGGAGUCUUCUGACUCAGAUACCGACUCGGAGUCUACUGUAUCUUCAGGUGACUCUAGUCGUGAUUCAGAUUCAUCGGCGUCAGAAUCCGGGCUUCAUCCGGACGCAUCUGAUAAUUCUGAGAUCUCAGAUCCCGAAUCAGAGGUAGAGAAGAAGCGUAAGAAGUCGAAAAGACGUAAGGAAAAGGUUGAUAACACGGCAAUCAAAGGCAAGAGGCCUUCAGAAAGGCGAAAGGAGGCGAAAAGGAAGGAGAAGAGAAAUUCCGAGGACUGA